UCAACCGCGGGCGUCUCGUCUGGGCGGAGGGGGGUUGAACCAUCGUCACGGGCCGGUUGCAGGACCAAAGUCCACUUCCGGGCCACUUGGUGGCAUUUUCAAGUCUUCGACGGGUCACGGUGGAUGGAGUUCGGGGCGGACACUGCGGACACUGCGGGCUGUGACGGCUUCGGCGGGCUUCGGGCACUGCCUGCGACCAACGACAGCAAUUCUGUUGAUAAUUCGGGGGGCGUCUGCUCUUGUCUCAGGCCAUGGGGUCUUUGCCCAGCCGCCAGGAUGACCCUUUGAUGCUUUGAUGUCACGCCGCCUGCCCCGAACCAGCCUAAUUAACCACUCGCCCGGCUGGUCCCUGCACCGCAAACAGGCCUCAAGGACCGAGGAUCAAGUCUUGGUUCUGAGGCCAGCCAGUGGGCAGACGACUCCAGGCAGAAACUGCGGCGGUGACGGCGUCGUUGCAGAGGUAACGGGCGGAGGGUCCUGCUGCACAGCAAUGGGGGCCGUGGCGGACCGCCCCAGAAACUCCGUCGAAACCAGCCUCAAAGGCGUCGAAAAAUUCUCUCUCUCCCCUCACACUUUGCCUUACUGGUCGCUGCCUUCACGCGUCCUGCAGCAAACCCAUGUACGCGGACGUGUUGCGACGUGCAAAUCAAUUAAAAGGCUCGUGUGCCUCUGGGGUCCGGGGGGCGUCUUUACCGCCAGAGACAAGACAUAUUCUCAGUCAAUGGGGGUUGGGAAUGGGACCGGGACGGGGUUUGAGCUUAGGUUUUGGCGCAGCCCGAGGCGGAGUGUACUUCGUAAUUUGUACACAAGUAUCGACGCUCCGACGGUGUAGCGAGGCGAGGGACAAUGCAUCCCCAGAACAAAGAAAACCCGGCCAACCCGGGUGAACCGCGUAGAGGGCUGUGAUCAGUAGCCGAAACCCAAGGUUCCGGCUCGGAGAUGGAGCUGUCUCGUCCCCUAUACUUCACAGCAAGGGGCCAGUGAUGAAAAGCAAAGUCAUAUUACGACUAUACUAUAUUUACUUCUCUAGGUGUUGGUCGGGAGCCCAGGAU